AUGUCGGAGACAGGAAGAUCUCUACGUCCGCGCACGCGCCCGGGCCCGUCUGCCCCCGCGCCUACCCCGACCCCGUCGCCAGGUGAGACUACCUCCGGCGGGACAAAUACGUGGAGCAAAGGCACCAGCGGCAACCGGAAUACUAGUGGAGAUAGGGAAUCAGUGCGUAACUCGGAAAACGAAUUAGAAGAUACGGUUAUACCCCGCAGUAGGUCGAGUACGCUAGUCAACAAAGACGCCGUAGUCGCACCGCCGCCGCCGCGCGCGCCGUCCGUUCGCGCAUCGAAUGGAGACCGCGAAUCGGUAAAUAGGGAUCGCGAUAGUCAGAUAACCGUGUUGAUGGCCGAGCUGGAGGUCCAUAAAGCCGCUCUAGCCGUCGCCCAGACGAAGUCCGAAACUGCCAAAGUACGGCUGCAGAUUGCGCAAAUAGAGGCGCAGUCUGACGGCGGCAGUGUCGCGGCUGACGACUCUGAACGACGAACUAGAAAUUGGGUAGGACGACAUGCUAGACCACCACACGAGAUCGCGAACGACGAUAAAUUCCCUCUACCGAGAGAGACCGCGCCGCCCGCCGCCGCCGUCGACCGGCCUAGCCGACCACAACCGCGAUUUUACGAGGUACCGCAUAGUAAUUACGCGCCGAUCUUUCACAAACCGCCCGAGUUACCCGCGUUUUCAGGCGAUAUAACGGAAUGGAUCGCUUUUAGAGCGGAGUUCGAAGACUCUGCCCCCAUGUUUAGUGCCGUCAACAACGUGAGUCGGAUUAGGCGCGCACUCAAAGGGGAGGCUCGGACAGCCGUAAAGUCAAUAAUGUACACAGUUCAGGAUCCGUACGAAAUUAUGGAGGCGCUAGAACGGCAAUUCGGCGACCCGGAAGAGAUAGUACUCACCGAGUUGCAUAACGUGAAGCGUAUGCCGCGAUUGGCCGAGGACAACGGCAAUAUAGCUUCUUUCGCCGCGCAUAUUGCUAACGCCGUCGCUACAAUAAAAUCGUUACGAUGUUUGGAUGCUGCUCACCGUAAGCCGUAUAGAUGCAAGUACGUCGCGUGUGGCAUGAGCCAAUGCGAGGCCGGACAUAAUAGAUUAUUACACGGACUAAACGCGGCCGCGCCCGCGAACGGUAAUAAUACUUCGGCUAGUACUGCGGCGGGAGCAGUAAACACUCUUAGAUUCGCGCAAACGUACCUCAAAGUCAUGCCUGUAGAGGUGUCGGGGCCCUUAGGCACCGUGCAAACCCUCGCGCUAUUAGACGAAGGCGCGGCUAUGACUUUGAUGCUUCACGAAACGGCGGAUAAAGUUGCACCUCGCGUACGCGGUGAAUCGUUAGAGAUAGAAGGAAUAGGCGGCAGAGUGAGCGACCCGGAUUCGUACAGGUUACGAGUCGCUAUAAGAGGUUUUUGCAGCCGACAUAUGGAAAUGAUGGAGGUACUUACGAUAGGCAAGAUAGGCGUAGGUAUGCAGGGCGUACCACGUGACGUCGUAGAAAAAUGCGAUCAUUUAUCGGAAAUCGCGGACGAACUUUGGUACCCGCCCGCGGUACCUACUAUCUUGAUAGGCCAAGACAAUUGGCACCUCAUAGUUUCACGGCAAAUUUUAAGCGGACCCUCUCACCUUCCCGUCGCAAGCCUAACCAGGUUAGGCUGGGUUUUACAUGGCCCAGAUAGAGCAUGUCACGCCGCGGUCAAUUUCGUAGGGCACGCACGGCCUAAAACCGCGGACGACGAAGCUAUCGAACUCAUGAAACAGCAUUUCGAUAUAGAGUCGUUAGGCGUCUCAAAAAACUUGCCUCGGGCCGAUCCCGAUCAACGCGCGCUAGACCUAUUAAAAUCCACCUGCGAGAAAAUACCGGGGGAAAAUAGGUAUCGAGCGGGCUUACUAUGGCGAACCGAUGACGAAGUACUCCCCGAUAACCGAGCGCACGCAUUAAAACGGCUAUACAGUCUCGAACGAAAGUUAGACCGAGACCCGAAGCUUAAAGCCGAAUAUGCGAAGCAUAUGAAUAAUUUGCUCGAAAAAGGUUACGCGGAGAAAAUGGACUCGCCGCCCCCCCUCGACGCGCCGCGAACGUGGUAUCUAGCUCAUUUUCCCACUUUUCAUCCGCAACGCGGUAAAAUGAGGUUAGUUUGGGACGCGGCUGCCACAGCCUACGGACGAUCGCUGAAUAGCGCGCUGUUGGCCGGCCCAGACCUACUAGAAUCGCUCUUUGGCGUAUUAGUACGCUUCCGCGAGGGCAAAAUCGCGGUCAUAGCCGACGUCAAAGAGAUGUUUUUACAGAUUGAAAUAAUAGAGCGAGAUCGCGAUGCGUUACGUUUCGUUUGGAGGGGGGAGGACCGUACCUCUCCACCGCAAGAAUACAGAAUGAAGCGGCUAAUAUUUGGAUCGGCAGCGUCACCGACAACCGCUCUGUACGUCAAAAACGAAAACGCAAAAACGCACAGCAACGAAUUCCCGAUCGCCGCUGAAAAAACGAAAAAAAAUACGUAUAUGGACGACAUGUUAAUUGCCCUAGACAUGUGCGAGGAGGACGCGAGACGCGUAGUAAACGAUAUUUACGAGUUAAAUAUGCGCGCGUCACUAGAGCUCCGCGGAUUCGCAUCGAAUAAUCCUGCGGUAAUAUCUGACGUAGUUAACAGUAAAGAGGAGACGUCUCUGUUAGGCGCGAAUGAGAACGAGCGUACAUUAGGGUUGAAAUGGAAUCACAAGCGUGACACCCUAGGCUUUAACGUGAAUUUUCGUAACACGCCCGAGGACGUACUCAACGGUCAGAAAUUACCUACAAAGCGACAGGUUACAAGCAGCGCGAUGUCGAUAUUCGACCCUAUCGGUUACGUUAGCCCCAUAUCCGUCUUAGGCAAGGCGUUAAUGCAAGAGGUAUGGCGGACAGGGAUCGAUUGGGAUACGCCUAUACCCGUCUCGCUCGCACCCGCGUGGCGAUCGUUCAUAGAAAACGUACAGCAAUUAAGGGACUUAGAAAUUCCGCGACACGUACCCGCAUUUAAUAGGGAGGCAUAUAUGCAUGUUUUUUGCGACGCGAGUGAAAAAAUAUAUGCCGCGGCCGUGUACCUAGUUAGUACGAACCCCGACGGGACUAGAACCUCUGCAUUAGUGGCCGCUAAGGCCCGAGUGUCCCCUCUCCGGGUAGUUAGUAUUCCGAGGAUGGAAUUACAAAGCUGCGUACUAGCUACUAGACUAGCGGAAACUAUAGUCAAAGAGUCAGACUACGUAAUAAAGGACAAGUUUUUUUGGUCUGACUCAAAAACGGCCCUCACUUGGAUACGUUCCGACCCGCGUAGAUACAAAACGUUCGUCGCGCAUAGGUUAGCGGAAAUCGAGAACACUACCACCCCCGCCAACUGGCGCUGGGUGCCUAGUGCGGCUAACGUGGCCGACGACGCGACGCGAGGUAUUCCCGCGCAAUUCGGAGCGACCCAUCGGUGGUUCAUAGGACCCGAUUUCAUACGGGAAAGUGAGGAGCAUUGGCCGACAGAGAAAACGCCCGCGCCCGUCGCCGAUACGGGCGAGGAACGUAUUAAUAAGCUCGUUUGCUCGAUAGGCAUAACUAGAAAUAAAUUCGAGUACCUACCGGAGGUAAGUAGGUUCUCAAAAUUCGUACGCUUAGUUCGCGCCACCGCUAAGAUUCUGGUUGCCGCCGAGGUAUUUAAAGCCGCACUGCUAUCUAAGAAAACAGAUACAGAAAUAAAUAAGGGGCAUUUAAACUUAGCAGAGAUAUUGCUAAUCAGAAGGAGUCAACAUGCAGCCUUUCCAGAGGAAAUUAAGUUACUGGAAACUGGGCGAGCUUUGCCGAAGAAAUCUCCUCUACACAAAAUUGCCGUGAAGUUAGAUAAAAACGGAGUCAUCGUGUUAAAUGCCAGAAUAGACAAAGAUGUGCAUAUACCCGUUCUACACGCCAAAGAGGGCGUCGUCAAGCUGCUGAUUCAUCAUUUUCAUGCUCUGUUUAAUCACGGCAACCACUCGACGGUGAUAAACGAGCUAAAACAAAGAUACUACAUUAUCGGUUUGCGCGGUAGCAUUCGUUAUCUGACGAAUAAGUGCCAAUGGUGUCGGACCUAUAAGGGAACCACCCUCAAGGUUCCUGUAGGCGACUUACCACCAGAGAGGCUCCAGGCGAAUCAACCGCCAUUUACCGCCGCAGCCGUAGACCUGUUUGGCCCUAUGAAUAUAACAAUAGGCCGCCGCCGCGAAAAGAGAUGGGGCGUACUGUAUACCUGUCUCACCACUCGAGCUGUGCACUUAGAGCUUGCCGCCUCACUUUCGGCAUCCUCUAUGAUCCUUUCAUUGCGCAGAAUGAUAGCUCGACGCGGCACGCCUACGGUUCUCUACUCCGACAACGCCACUAAUUUUUACGGAGCGGAGCGAGAACUAGCCGAGGCCAAAAGGACGCUGCCAGACAGUCUAAAGCCAUUCCUGACUGAACGAGCGAUCACCUGGAAGAAGAUACCGCCCGGCAACCCUUCCGCCGGCGGUGCCUGGGAGCGACUCGUGGGCAGCGUAAAAACGGCGUUAAAAGUUAUAUUGAAAGAGAGAGCACCCCAUGAAGAGGUCCUGCAUACGCUGUUACUAGAAUCCGAGCACAUAGUGAACUCCAGACCACUGACGCCGGUGAAUCCAGAUUUAGACGUCGAAGCCUUGACACCGAACCACUUUCUCAUCGGCCGGUCAAGCGCCAUGUCACCGCUGGGCGUCUUCACCGACACAGCAAUGUCACUAUCGUCGUGGAAAACAGCGCAGACACUCGCCGAUCAUUUUUGGAGGCGCUGGCAGAAAGAAUACCGACCCAGCCUUCUCCCUCGGCCAGGUGCUCACCAGAACGUACAGAAACUGCAUACAGGCGACAUCGUCAUCAUAGCAGAUGGUUCCAUGCCACGAGGAACAUGGCCUAGAGGCGAAAUCGCACAACUCUUUCCCGGUCCAGAUGGCCACGUAAGAGUAGCCAUUGUUCGUACUCGUGCAGGUGACGUCCGCCGCCCAGUUUCCAGACUUAUACCUAUAUGCUCCUCGAACAUAUAG